GCUCUGGAGAUGCAUAGCAAAAUCAUUUUUUAAGACCUCAGCUCGAUGAAGCCAUAUAUAAGCUUCGAAGCAGACCGCCACGAGAAGGGAAAAAAAAACACAGCGUUUCGGCAGUACUGUGUUCGUUCCAAAUGGAUUAAUGGCUUCUUCUUCUGACUCGAUUCUACUUUGACUUUGCAGGGAGAUCUGUGUGUUGAAUAACUUGAGGGAUUUGGAUGGACAAGCUUUUGGAGUUUGGACGGAGAGCCCUCUUCUACGUUAGGGUUCUCUCCGGCUAUGAAGAGCGGCGGAUUCGAUCGUUUAGGUUGGAGCUCGAAAAGCGUCUCAAACAGGCGGAGGAAAGAAAAGCUGCCAUAAGAAAGAUACCAGAACAGGCUAUCUUGGGAGAAGUUCGUCGUAUGGUUGAGGAGAUGCAAACUCUAAAUAAAAAGUUAGAGGAAACAGAGUCUGCCAUUGAAGAAUACUUCAAGCCAAUUGACAAAGAAGCAGAGGCAUUAAUGAAAAUACAACUUGAAGGAGAAGAGAGAACUAUGAAGGACAUGGUCAAAGUUAUGCAGCAACAGGCUUUGUUUGAAAAAGCUGAGGCAGGUAAAGUUACAAGUACCCUUCAAACAGAUAAAAAUCAACAAACUCAAAACCUUGCAUCUGACACAACCCCUCAAAAAACUUAGCUGAGGUACUUCUAUUAGAUUUUAGUGAUGAUUUGAUUAGAUUAAUAAAGUCUGUUACCGUGCAAUUUUGGUACCACCAUUGUCUUAAAAAUACACUUCACUCUAUAGUAGUUGUGAUUAUAAAGCCCCUUAGUUUUUAUUACAGAGGCAUUAUUGAUUAUUUCUAGUUGAUUAUAUGAUAAUUUCUUUUACCCAAUUCAGAUGUAUGGAUUUGUAAUUGUCAACGUCAAGUUUUUCUAGUAUGGAACUGUUGUUUUUCUCA